CGCCCACGCUCGAUUGCUCCUGUCUGGCGGCGGCAGCAUGGCGGCGGGGGCGGCUGAGGCGGUGGCGGCCGUGGUGGAGGUCGGCUCAGCCCAGCAGUUUGAGGAGCUGCUGCGCCUCAGAGCCAAAUCCUUGAAAUAACGCAGUGCGUACGAUUUGGAUGUAUUCUUCCCGGUGGUCUGUACUCGAAGUGAUCCAGGAAACAGCAGACCCUUCCCGCGGUGAUUAGUUGAAACAGGGCAGCUGGAAAUGACGGAGGGCAUCUUGGAAGGAAUGAAUCUCUGCCGAUUUGGUGAAAAUGAAAGUAUUGCAAAAUAUUAAACGGUCCCUCCUUGUGGUCCAUUUUUGGGCGCCGUGGGCUCCACAGUGUGCUCAGAUGAACGACGUGAUGGCAGAAUUAGCCAAAGAACAGCCUCAAGUUUCGUUUGUGAAGUUGGAAGCUGAAGCCGUUCCUGAAGUAUCUGAAAAAUAUGAAAUUAGUUCUGUUCCCACCUUUCUGUUUUUCAAGAAUUCUCAGAAAAUUGACCGAUUAGAUGGUGCACAUGCCCCAGAGUUGACCAAAAAAGUUCAGCGCCAUGCAUCUAGCGGCUCCUUCCCACCCAGUGGUAACGAGCAUCCUAAAGAAGAUCUCAACCUUCGCCUGAAGAAAUUAACUCAUGCUGCCCCUUGCAUGUUGUUUAUGAAAGGAACUCCUCAGGAGCCGCGCUGCGGUUUCAGCAAGCAGAUGGUGGAAAUCCUUAACAAACAUAGUAUUCAGUUUGGCAGUUUUGAUGUCUUCUCCGACGCAGAAGUUCGUCAGGGCCUCAAAACCUACUCCAACUGGCCCACCUACCCCCAGCUCUAUGUUUCUGGAGAGCUCAUAGGAGGACUUGACAUAAUUAAGGAGCUUGAAGCAUCUGAUGAACUAGAUACAAUUUGCCCUAAAGCUCCCAAAUUAGAGGAAAGGCUCAAAGUACUGACAAAUAAAGCUUCUGUGAUGCUCUUUAUGAAAGGAAACAAACAGGAAGCAAAAUGUGGAUUCAGCAAACAAAUUCUGGAAAUACUAAAUAAUACUGGUGUUGAAUACGAGACAUUUGAUAUAUUGGAGGAUGAAGAAGUUCGGCAGGGGUUAAAAACUUAUUCAAAUUGGCCCACGUACCCUCAGCUGUAUGUGAAAGGGGAGCUCGUUGGAGGUCUGGAUAUUGUUAAGGAACUGAGAGACAAUGGUGAGCUGCUGCCAGUGCUGAAAGGAGAGAACUAGGGACUGUUACGCUUGGUGCCUGACUGCUGCAGGAAACCUUCAUCACGGCGGGGCCGCUCACGACUCCGUUCUCAGACUGCUGCGCACCCAGUUAGGCUCGGUGUAUCCCACCAGCUCGUGCUAAAUACAUGUAUGUUUUGUUUGUUUUUCAUCAAACCAGAAUGCAAUAAACAUCUUCAAAUCCAAUUAAAA